AUGGGUCCAUCUCUCUACAACAACUACUUCAACGGACCAACCGUCGCCUUACCUCCGCCAUCCCAGCUUCACCAACCUAACCAGCUCGCCGCAGCCGACUCGAUGAACCAUUCGCUAGCCCGUUCCGGCGGCUCCCGUUUUCCCCAUCACGUUUCUACUCGUGCAGACGGCGUGCAGUCUGAACAACCAAAAUCUUUUACCGGCCAUCAGCCGUCUUGGAUAGGCUCCUCCUUUGCCAAUUCCAGCCUCAAUGCUGCUGCACCAAGCGCCCCGUCACGCAAACGAUCCCGUGACGAGUUCAACCUAGGCAAUGACAGCUACAAUACCUUCUCUGCCGUCCAAAAGGCCCCCUCUCCGCCUGCCGUGCCAGAAGAAGAGCCCAUCUAUGGAGAAGGCAUGGUACUCCUGAACCCCAAGACCGGCCUGGCUGUCUCAGCGUCAAGCCAGACAGGAACCUGGUACGAAGAAAAGGCAGAACAAAAAGCUACACGCACCCCAAUCUCAGUAUCUGUCUCCGUGGAUGUCUCUGUGGGCGCCAACCCAGACCACGCCAGCGCUCUACCCAGCAGAAAGACCCAACGCCUCGACGCCACUGCCUCCGCAUUUGACGAUAUCACAGCCUUGUCAAUGGCCCAAAAGCUCCAAUCAACCACCGACGAUGUCUGCGGUUCUACUUCCUCCACCAAGGGCCCCGAAAUGCCACACGUUGAUGACGCUACUCACCUAUUGGGGAUCAGCUGGCAACGCAUGGCCAAUGACGACAAGGAUAUGGUUGCUGCCAUCCGCGGAUGGGAGAAGUAUAUCAACAACCACUUCUUCGAACACCUACACGACGCCCAAAUCAUGCUCAAGCACCGCGGCCUAAACGUCUACCUCGUCUCAGCCCACCCAGCCACACAACUCGACAACAACACCAACGCCCCACAACGGUAUUUCUACCUAUUCGACGACAAUCUUUCCGAAGGCCAGCUGGUCGGCAAGGACUGGCAGACAGCUAUCCGAAACCUACAGUCGUCCCCCAUUGCGUUCGAAGCUGGAUCAGCAGUGUUGAAGGCAGCAGAAAAGACGCCAGAGCGGCAAGUGGAAGACAAGGGAGUUCCGAUUACCGUCGUAGGCAUGAAUGGAUGCGGGAUGGGAAUGGCAGGAGCCACAGCCGGAACGGACAUGCAAAUGGAAAUCGACUAG